UAAAACUUAUCUACGCUAAAAGAAAAAUUUCACCACUUUCCCCGAUCCUAAAACGACUAUUUCAACACACCCACCAAAACCCCCACCACGCCCGCUUUCUUUUCCCUUUUCUUCUCCAGGCCGCAGCCUGCGGUUCUAAUUCCACCACCACCUCACACCACUACCACCCCGAAGUACCACAACAAAGAUGGGUAACUUCAAGAAAGAGAAGAGUCGUCGAGACCGCUCGUCCACUGCGGGCGAUGGCAUGGCCAAUGUCAAGACCAAGGGCGAGAACUUCUACCGCGACGCGAAGAAAGUCAAGCGAGUAAACGACCUGCGCGAUACCGGUGGAGCAAAGUUCAACCGCGACGGCAGCAAAGUCGUGCAGGCCGCGCCCUUCCAGUCGCGCGCUGUCCCCACAGCCCGUAUCGAGCCGAACCGGAAAUGGUUCGGGAACACCAGAGUCAUCUCCCAGGAGGCCCUGACCGGCUUCAGAGAGGCGAUGGCGGAGAAGAGCAAGGAUCCUUACACCGUGCUCCUGAAGAGUAAUAAGCUCCCCAUGAGUCUGCUUGAGACUCCGGGUCAGAAGGAGCAUGAGGCAAAGAUUAAGGUCGGAACCCAACCUUUCUCUGCGACCUUCGGUCCUAAGGCGCAGAGAAAGCGGCCGAAGAUUGAUGUUGGAAGCAUGGAGGAGAUGGCCGGCCAUCUGGAGACCGUCGAAAAGAAGUAUGCCGACAAACUGGAGACGGAUAAACUUCUGAGUGGACAGUUGGGCGAGGAGGAGAGGGCUGGUGUCAUUAAAGAGGCAAGAGAGCCUAUCUUCUCCAAGGGACAGUCGAAGCGAAUUUGGAACGAGUUAUACAAGGUCAUCGACUCGUCCGACGUCGUAAUACAUGUCCUCGAUGCUCGAGAUCCCUUGGGUACUCGGUGCCACAGUGUUGAAAAAUACAUCAAGGAGGAAGCACCACACAAGCAUCUGAUCUUUGUCCUCAACAAGUGUGACUUGGUACCCACCAGCGUAGCAGCUGCCUGGGUUCGUCGCCUCUCCAAAUCCCACCCAACCCUCGCCUUCCACGCCUCCAUCACCAACUCCUUCGGCAAAGGCUCUCUUAUCCAGCUGCUCCGACAAUUCUCCUCCCUGCACAGCGACCGCAAACAAAUUUCGGUCGGACUGAUCGGCUACCCCAAUGCCGGCAAAUCCUCCAUCAUCAACACCCUCCGCGCCAAGAAGGUGUGCACAGUGGCUCCCAUCCCAGGAGAAACCAAGGUAUGGCAAUACAUCACUCUGAUGCGGCGCAUCUACCUGAUCGACUGUCCGGGGAUCGUGCCCCCGUCCGUAACCGACACGGCAGAGGACAUCCUGCUGCACGGCGUGGUGCGCGUCGAGAACGUCGAGAACCCAGAGCAAUACAUCCCGGCGGUGCUGGCAAAAUGCAAGCCGCAGCACAUCGAGCGCACCUAUGAGAUCACGCGCGGCGGGUACAAGACACACAUCGAGUUCCUCGAGAUCCUGGCGCGGAAGUCGGGCCGCCUGCUGAAGGGUGGCGAACCCGAUCUCGACGGCGUCGCGAAAAUGGUGCUGAACGACUUCAUCCGUGGAAAACUUCCCUGGUUCACCCCCGUGCCGAAAUUGGCCGAUGGUGAAACGGAGGAUGAGGACUUGGAAGGCGCGGGUCGCAUGGGUCAGCUCGGUGAAAUGCGGAAACGUAAGGCCGAGAGUGAUCCUGACGCUGAUGUUGACGUGGACGAGGAGGCGACGGAAGCGGGCGAUGAGGAGGUCGAUGAUGGCGACUAUGAGGAGUGGAAGGGCAUUGGCAGCGAUGAUGAGGGUAGCGAUGACGAGGGCACUGAUGGCGCGCCGACGAUAGUGGCUGAUGAGAGUGAUGAUGAGGAUGAUAAAUAGCCAUAAACGUUGUCUUGUUUCUGUAUUUUGCAGCAUAGGUUAAUAGAGUUGUUCACGAUACCCUUUAUCUACCCACGAAGUAGGGAAAUCUUUGUAGUCAGAUGAGGAUCUACCUAGUUGUCUACGGGACGUGAUCUGUCUUUGGUCAU